AACCUAUGGCUGAAAGUUACACAAACAAAAGAACUUGCACAGCUGGUCUUGUGAUUGAGGCUUUCAGUUCCGGGUUCCUGUAGCUCACUCCAAUUACAGAACACAGUGUAUCAUCACUUCAUGCUACAGAAUCCUGGGCUCGCAGAGAACAAAGGAGCAGGAUGUGGCUCGUCUCACUGUGCAUCGUCUUCAGUCUAUCCACACUUUGUUCCUCAUUGGACAAUGGCUUAGUGAGAACCCCACCAAUGGGCUGGAUGACAUGGGAGAGAUUCAGGUGUAACACGGACUGCAUGAAUGAUCCAGAUAACUGUAUUAGUGAGUAUUUAAUCAGAAGCAUAGCUGACAAAAUGGUGGAUGAUGGCUGGCGAGAUCUUGGAUACGUUUACGUGAGCAUUGAUGACUGUUGGGCUCAGAAAAAGCGAGAUGCUAACGGAAGGCUUCAGCCUGAUCCAGAGAGGUUCCCAAGUGGCAUGAAAGCCCUCGCUGAUUAUGUCCAUUCUAAAGGGCUGAAGCUGGGUAUAUACGGUGAUAUGGGUAACUAUACAUGUAUGGGAUACCCUGGCACCACCCUGGAAAAUAUAAAAGUUGAUGCCGAUACAUUUGCAUCCUGGGAAGUUGACAUGUUGAAAUUUGACGGCUGUUACUCAAACGCAGUGGAUAAAGCUAUAGGUUACCCAAAAAUGAGCGCAGCUCUGAACGCCACCGGGAGACCUAUCCUGUAUUCUUGCAGCUGGCCAGCGUAUGAAGGUGGUCUCCCUCCCCAGGUAAAUUACACCCUUCUGGGCAAUAUAUGCAAUAUGUGGAGGAAUUAUGAUGAUAUUCAGGAUUCCUGGGAUAGCGUGCUGGGUAUUAUUAAAUGGUACGGAAAGAACCAAGAUGUGCUGCAGCCGGCUGCCGCCCCAGGAAGAUGGAACGACCCUGAUAUGUUGAUCAUUGGGGACUUUGGUCUCAGUUAUGAACAGGCCAAAUCUCAGAUGGCGAUGUGGGCGAUUCUCGCAGCACCACUUUUUAUGUCCAAUGACUUGAGGACAAUUUCUUCAGAAGCCAGAGGAAUACUACAGAAUCGCCUUGCAAUUUAUAUUAACCAGGACUUCCUAGGGAGACAAGGAAAACAGGUCAUGGAGCUGGGCCCCUUAGACGUAUGGAAGCGGGAGCUUGUAGAUGGUCAGUAUGCAGUAGCUGUACUGAACAAAGGCACCGACGGACUUCCCAAACCAUUUACCACCAGUCUGGGUUUGUUAAAUAUCACAGACUGUUCUGCCGGAUAUAAACUCUAUGAUGUCUUUGAAAAAGAAUUUGUAGGGGAGUUUCAAUCAAACACUCCUAUAAAUCUGAAGCUUAACCCAACAGGGGCAGUUAUGCUGUUUAUUCGUCCUAUUUCUACAAUGUAUUUUCCAUAGUGAAUUAAAUCAUCUGAUGGCUUCAUGUGGCAAAAACCUCCACUGAAAUUGCACAAAGGCGCGGACAACUCUGUUCCCUCGCUCUCUUCAUAAAGGGAAUGAAAGCUUGCACUGAUCUAUGAUACCUGUGGAUGAGAACACUUUAUACGGAUCCCACAGUCAGCGGCGCAGAUUAUUUCUGUAUAUAUUGAUACUUGAUAUGCAAAUCAUUACUGCGGUUUCUCUACAACACAGGGUUUUACAUGCACAUUCAUAUGCAGUCACAUUUCAGGAUAUGAAACUGAAACAACACAAUAAAUUGUUAAAUGCACUUUUAGCUGAACGGGUUUAUAAUGUGUCAAAUGCUGAGAUCUUUACUGGUGAAAUAAAUUCUGACAAUUUAUCAAGAA